GCGUACGAGCAAAAACAGUGGCAUGCAAACAGCCAGUUUGCCAAGUGAUGCGUCAGCUGUCCGAAAGACACACCGCUGCAUUUCUACUUCAUAUCAUGAUCAAUGUCGGUCACGUGUAAUCACGGUGAGAUGACAACAGCCUGUAGCGGUAAAAUAGAUCAUGAACAGUGAUCGAAGGCAAGUGACUAUUUUAUAAUGCUGCGCUGAGGAGUCUGUUUCGUUUUGUCAACGUAAUCAGAAGACCCGUCAGACCAUGAACUACGUGGGCCAGUUGGCGGGUCAGGUGUUGGUGCAGGUCAAGGAGCUGUACCGAGGCCUCAAUCCGGCCACGCUGUCGGGCUGCAUCGACGUCAUCGUGGUGCGGCAGCCCGACGGCUCCUUGCACUGCUCGCCCUUCCACGUCCGCUUCGGCAAGAUGGGAGUCCUCCGCUCGCGAGAGAAAGUGGUGGACAUGGAGAUUAAUGGAGAGCAAGUAGAUCUACAUAUGAAGCUCGGAGACAACGGGGAAGCCUUCUUUGUCCAGGAAAUGGAAAAUAACCAGGAAGUGGUUCCUUCCUACCUGGCCACCUCUCCCAUCAUGUCGGACGGUCUCGUUCUGAUGAGCUCCUCGCUGAUGGCGAAGAGCUCGGGGCCUCCCGUGCAGACCUUGGGCUCCAUGGGGAGCAGCGGCGAGACCGGCACAACGGCGAUGAUGAUCAUGAAAAAACGAAGGAAGAGGAGGAGGAAAGCCCGGACAGACAGUCCGAAGAGGGAGGAGAGCGGCGACUACUCCGAGGACGAGGACAUGUUCACUAUUGACAUCAGCUCUGAUGAAGAAAUGGAGAACAACAGGCUCUCUUCCAGGGAAGUGGCAGUCGGGUCCACCAACACUUCUUUCAAACAAUCUAGCGUUUACGCUCGCUCCGACGGCGACUGGAGUCCCCUCCAGAGCCCUGGAAACUCAUGUCCCGCUUCUCCCAAAAGUGAUUCUGAGCUCAUGAUGAAGCCGUCGACCGCAGGCAAUCAAGAUUCAGCCAUGCACUGGCCGUGGGGGGAAUUGCCACAGGCUGCCACUCCAUCCUUCCUUUCAACGAAAGCCGAGCCGCCGGCAAUCGGUCCCGUGUCCUUCCCGGUAUCGCAGAGCACGCAUUUCAGAGCCAUUCCUCAUCAGGUGUCCGAACGGCCGCCCCAUGGCGAGGAGCCGGCCGUCUCCAAGGCGAUGGAGACGGACUCUGUGACAUUGACGGAUGGUGCGCCGUCCCAUGUGGCAUCAGACUUGGAGGAUAUGACGGGACGGCCCUUGGGAAAGACAGACUCCCCAUCCAAGAAAAAAGAUAAAAGGAGCCGCCAUCUGGGCGCUGAUGGAGUUUACUUGGAUGAUCUCACAGAACUGGAGCCUGAAGUGGCCGCCUUGUAUUUCCCAAAGAGUGACAGCGGCGCAAUAGUUCGGAGCGCUAGCUUCUCCCCGCAGUCGCUGAGCUCCGGGGGAGACAGCGGCGUGGACGGCUUCAGUGACCCAAUGGGCGACUUGCCCUCCAUCGCCAUAUCGCUUUGCGGCGGCCUCACCGACAACAAGGAGAUCGGCAAAGAGCAGUUCCACGCCAAGAUCAUCUCGUACCAGCAGUUUGUUCAGAACCCGUCGGUCAUCGACGACCCCAACCUGGUGGUGAAAAUCGGCUCCAAAUACUAUAACUGGAACACUGCUGCCCCCAUCAUGCUGGCGAUGCAGGCAUUUCACAAGCCGCUGCCAAAGACCGCAGUGGAAAAUAUCAUGAAGGAGAAGAUGCCCAAGAAAGGAGGGAGGUGGUGGUUCUCCUGGAGAGGCCGCAACAGCAAAUCGGAUUCUGUCUCGGAACGCGGGGCCUGCGGCUCGGACGAAAUUGGGCAAUUGUCUAGCCGGCAAAAAGAAGAGUCAUCGUCCAGCGAUGAAGAUCACAGGGUGGCCAAACAGAGCUCAGCCAGCAUUCAGUCAGAGGCCGGAAUGGCCGUGGGAGGCGUGUCGUACAAGAAGACGCUCAGACUCACCUCGGAGCAGCUGGUGUCGCUGCAGCUGCACGAUGGCGCCAAUGACGUGGUGUUCAGCGUGACCACUCAGUACCAGGGAACGUGUCGCUGCCAGGGAACCAUCUACCUCUGGAACUGGGACGACAAGAUCAUCAUUUCUGACAUUGAUGGAACCAUCACAAGGUCAGACACGCUGGGUCACAUCCUGCCCACCUUGGGAAAAGACUGGACUCACCAGGGGAUUGCACAGCUCUACCAUAAAGUCAGCCAGAAUGGCUACAAACUCUUGUACUGUUCGGCCCGAGCCAUCGGCAUGGCGGACAUGACGCGGGGAUACCUGCACUGGGUCAACGAGAGGGGCACCAUGCUCCCCAUGGGGCCCGUCCUGCUCAGCCCCAGCAGCCUCUUUUCCGCUCUGCACAGAGAAGUGAUCGAGAAGAAGCCGGAGAAGUUCAAGGUGGAAUGUCUGAGUGAUAUCAGGAACCUCUUCUACCCCAACACGCAACCUUUCUAUGCAGCCUUUGGCAACAGGCCCACGGAUGUCUUUUCCUACAAAGAAGUCGGGGUGCCACUGAACAGGAUUUUCACGGUGAACCCCAAAGGGGAGCUGGUGCAGGAGCACGCAAAGACCAACAUCUCAUCGUACGUGCGCCUCGGGGAGGUGGUGGAUCACGUUUUCCCCCUUAACAUGCGAGCCUCAUCCUCGGACUUCCCCUGCUCUGACACCUACAGCAACUUCACCUACUGGAGGGAGCAGCUUCCCCUGGUGGACCGGCAGGGAACCACACCCCCCUGCACGCCCAUCCUCAGCAGCUGACCCA